UUAGAAUCUAGAUAACCUAUGUAUAAAAUAAAAUAUUAUAAAAAACGUGUUAUUAAUAAAAACUUUCAAAGUAUUAAAUUACAAGUAAAUUAGUAAAAGUUAUAGAUAAUUAAUUUAUCUAAAAAGUAUCUGAAUGUAUGUUGUAGAUAAUUUAAAAUAUUAAAAAAUGUCUUGGCACUAAAUUGAGACGAGACAAAUAUUAAAUUGGAAUUGGAAGGAAUUAUAGUGUCAAGUUGUGUCAGAGACGACGUGGGGAAUUUUAAGGCUCGAAAAAAUAAGAUCUUCCACUUGGACCAAGGUUUAAAUAGUAUUAAGUAAGAUAAACAAGACUGAUCCAGUAAAUAUGGAAAUAGGAGCUAGGAUUUAGCUAAAAAUGACCAAAAGACUGAUCUUGGUGCAUAUUAAGAAGAAGAUAAUGAGUUGGAUUUAGAUUGUUGGAGAAGCGUAGUGAACUUAGAAUAGUUUGUGCUGAAUUACAAUUUAUUGAAACAUUAUUUGGACUAGCAGAAAUCUACAUUCAGGACAUCAUACAUUGGUUAAAUUUUAACCAGACUUGAAGUGUGGUCUUGUUUACAAUAUUUAAAGUAUCUUCGAUUUUUGGUGGAGAACCUCUGCUCCAUAAAUUAAAUUAACCUGUAAGCAUACAUCUGUGAUUUUUACUUGAUUUUUAAAAUGAUGACUCCAACGAAAAAUCCAGAAUCGCCUCACGAAUCCACUCCUUUAAAAGACAGAGGCCUCUGGCGGGACCUGGUGGCCUACUGGAUCCUUGGAUUAUGCAACAACUAUGGAUAUGUAGUUAUGUUAAGUGCCGCUCACGAUAUCCUCAAAGCAGCUGAUGAAAGUCACCAUCCAUCCAACAAUAGUACAAUAUCAAAUUCCACAAUCGUAGACCCCACUAAACGUGAAUGCAAUGAGUUGUCCACUGGUGCUAUUUUAUUAGCAGAUAUCCUUCCAGCAUUGAUCAUAAAAUUUACAGCGCCUUUUCUACCGUUUUUUGUCCACGUCAGGAUUUUAAUAUGUUGCCUGGCUGCUGCAGCAGGUUUUAUACUAGUUGCUUUCUCUCAAGGGAACUGGUUAGCAAUUUUAGGUGUGAUAGCAACAUCUUUUAGUUCUGGUCUUGGCGAAGUGACAUUUUUAGCGCAUUCGUCAAGGUAUAAUAAGAAUGUUAUAAGUACUUGGUCUUCAGGAACAGGAGGAGCUGGUAUUGUUGGAGCUGUCUCUUACGCUGGUUUAACAGGAUUAGGAUUAGAUCCUGUGACAACUUUACUGGUGAUGUUGGUAGUUCCAGUUUUAGAAGGGCUUACUUUCUGGGUGCUUUUGCGUAAACCCCACGAGGAAGAUCAGCCAGUGCAAACGGCUACUGGCAUGAGCGUUUAUGGUUCAUCAGCUGCUACAUUUGGAGAUAAUGAGCAGAACCAGAAAGCUUUUGGUGAUUUGAAAAGCAAAUUUAAAGCUAUUCCUCCAUUGUUCAAAUAUAUGAUACCUCUACUUUUGGUGUAUUUGUUGGAGUACUUUAUCAAUCAAGGUUUGUUUGAGUUGCUAUACUUCGAAGGUGCCUUUUUGGAUAAAGAUGAACAAUACCGUUGGCUACAAGUUGACUAUCAAAUCGGUGUGUUUAUAUCCAGAAGCUCCGUCAACUUGUUACAAUUGAAACAAGUAUGGAUCAUGUCGGUGUUCCAAUUCAUCAACGUUUUGGUGCUUCUAUUCCAAGUUUUGUAUGGGUACAUCCCUAAUAUCUGGAUUGUUUUUGCCAUCGUUUUAUGGGAAGGACUUUUAGGAGGCGGUGCUUAUGUCAACACCUUCUACAGGAUGAGCCAUGAGAUUCCAAUGGAAAAACAGAAGUUCUCCAUGUCAAUCACUGCUAUUGCUGAUAGUCUGGGAAUAGCCUUGGCUGGAUGGAUAGCUAUGCCAACACAUAAUGCCUUGUGUGCUUUGCCCAAACCAACUUAAGUGAAUAAAAUUUGACCAAAUCCAACAUUAGGUGGAUGAAAUUAAAGUUUAGUUGUUUGCGAGUGCAAGUGUAGAUAAUUGAACCAGUGAAAUAGUUUUUAACGUAAAAUUUCGAUCAGAAAAUUAUACAUUUUAAGGAACAUUGUGGAUUAAUAAAAACCUUAGACUUAAAUUAAAUAACCAAACUUAUCAAACUAAUAUAUUCCUUUCAUUUAAAUUUAAAUCGAAACCGAUCAUGUAGAAUGCGAAAUUAUUUUGUAUUGAUCAUCCCAGUGUAAUAUUAGUACAAAUUUUUUAAUAAUAUUCAUUACAACAAGUAUUUUUCUUCCAAGCCAAAAUCAUGGUUCAGUCAGGUUUUGUAAAUGAUGCCAAAUUCAAUGUUGAUCAUACCAAAAACAUUGAGACAAUAAAAUAAAAUAGUAUAUAUAAUAACAUAAGUGAAAUUUGUACUUAAAAAUGUUUUUUUAAUAAAUAUUGUGUACAAAGGCUGGUCCAAAGUGAAAACUCAUCCAUGUUUAAGUUGGAGUGGACUAUGAAUAUACCUGUAGUUAAUU